UCAUCAUUCUCACUAACAACCACUAGCUAGGCAUUUAUUCAUUCACACUUUUAAUUUUUUUUUUCACACUUAAACCCCCCAAUAAGAUAAUUAAUAUUAUAACAUACAAAUAAUAAAUAAUUUUCUCAAUUAAUUUAUAUACAUAUAUGGCUAUAUAAUGUACAGGCACUAAACAUAUGAAAUCAAUCAAUACAAAACAGUUCCACUACUCUCAGAGAAAGAAAGCAUAUAUAGAGAAAUCAAAUGACGACAGCGAAAAGGAUGAUCAAAUUGGGGUCAGAAGGGCUGGAGGUAUCAGCUCAGGGAUUGGGCUGCAUGGGCAUGUCGGCCUACUACGGCCCACCGAAGCCGGAAUCUGACAUGAUCGCUCUUCUCCACCACGCCAUCAACUCUGGUAUUACCUUUCUAGAUACCUCCGACAUUUACGGACCAUUCACCAAUGAGAUCCUUCUCGGCAAGGCGCUUAAGGGAGGAAUGAGAGAAAAGGUUCAAGUGGCUACUAAAUUUGGGAUCAAAUACGAUGAGGGUGGGGAGAAUUUUGAGGUGAAAGGUGACCCAACGUAUGUAAGAGCUGCUUGCGAGGCCAGCCUGAAGAGACUUCAAGUGGAUUAUAUUGAUCUCUAUUACCAGCAUCGGAUUGAUACACGUGUCCCCAUCGAAGUCACGAUUGGAGAGCUGAAGAAACUAGUUGAAGAAGGUAAAAUAAAGUACAUUGGAUUAUCGGAGGCAUCCGCUUCAACCAUAAGAAGAGCUCAUGCUGUUCAUCCAAUUACAGCUGUUCAGUUGGAAUGGUCUUUGUGGACCAGAGAUACUGAGGAAGAUAUUAUUCCUACUUGCAGGGAACUAGGUACUGGUAUUGUGGCAUACAGUCCACUUGGAAGAGGAUUCAUGUCAGCUGGCCCCAAGAUUGUGGAAACUCUUUCCGAUGAUGACUUUCGGAAGAAUCUACCAAGGUUUCAACCUGAAAACAUGGAACACAAUCAAAAGAUAUACGAGCAAGUGAAGGAGAUCGCAGCAAGAAAAGGAUGCAGCCCAUCACAGCUAGCAUUGGCAUGGGUUCACCACCAGGGAAACGACGUCGCUCCCAUCCCGGGAACAACCAAGAUUGAGAACUUUGACCAGAAUGUUGGUGCCCUGUCUGUGAAACUCACACCAGAAGAAAUGGUCGAGCUUGAGUCUUUGGCUGCUGGAGGUGCAGUUAAAGGUGAUAGAUAUGAUCAGUCCUUAACUACUUGGAGGGACUCUGAAACUCCACCACUUUCUUCAUGGCCGUCAUCCGAGUGAACAUGUAAUCCUGAUCAUCCAAUCAUUGCCAUCUCUGAGAAGACGACAUCUUCUGUGUGUGUUUUUGUUAAUAAAAUAAGAAAAUAUUUUCAGUCAAAACGGGUGGCAGAUGUCUUAGUUUUCAUUGUGUGAUUUAUAUAUGCGUGUUUCAGUUCUUCUGCUAUACCUAUUUCCUUUAUUUGCUUCAAGUUUGAAUAUGUUGUCGUAUGUUUGAAUUUAAUUAGCAUAUAACAGCAAGAAAAUGAAGGUUUGAUCA